AUGCUCGCUACUCAACAACGUCAACAACCAUCAAUCAAGAUGACUGCCGCUGAAAAAGAAGCUCAAAUCAUGGCUGAUAUCAAGGCUAACGCUCAAAAAUUUGAAAACAAGUUCGAAGGCUCAUGCUUACGUCGACCAGUCAUAAAACUGGAAGCCACUGCCACUGCUGCCACUGCUGCCACUGCUGCCACUGCUGCCACUGCUGCUACUGCUAACUGA